AUGUCAAGAAGAAAACAGUCUAAUCCUGCCAAAUUAGACAGUGGUCGUGUCACUUCACCUUUAGCGAAUACGGGAAAAUUGUCGCCUGUUCCAGGACCUUCUGGAUUACAAACCGCCUGCGAAUCUGUCAUGUCAAGACAAUCGAACGGGGAAGAUUCGGAGUUGAGCGAUUCUAGAUCGAGUCCACCCAUAUCGCACGAGUCUUUGGAAAUUGAAAAUUCCGACUACAACUACACGUGCUCCAUAUGCAGCGAUACCUUUACCACUGGUCAACAGCUAAUAGACCACGAACAGAUCCAUUCAGAUCACCUUCAGUUCACCUGUUCAUAUUGUCCAAGAUUAUUCAAACACAAACGGUCAAGGGAUAGACACACAAAACUCCAUACAGGAGACAAAAAAUACAAAUGCUUGCAAUGCGAAUCAGCUUUUUCCAGAAGCGAUCAUUUAAAAAUACAUCUUAAAACGCAUGAUAGUAGAAAACCAUACAAAUGUGGAUCUUGUAACAGGGGAUAUAACACUGCUGCAGCUUUAUCUUCUCAUCAACAAGUCCAUUUAAAAUUGGAGCCUAAAUGCAGUGAUGACCCUGACACCAAUAGCCCCACAUCUUUUAGAUGUCAUCUAUGUCCUAAUGCAUUUUAUAGGCCUGAAUCUCUGCAGAACCAUCUAAUGAACUCUCAUAUUGAUUCGCCGACGGAUUCGCCUGCCUCUCAGAGUCAAAUGGCAGAGUCAGAGGAAGGCAUCAAAAUAAUGUGCAUGUAUUGCACCAAAGACUUCCCUACAUUAGACCUAAUGUGUCAACAUGUCAAUACAAUACAUAAAAACUUACAAAAUGGUAUCGCAUCGAGUAUAUCGCCGAAAUCCGAUCAAAAUUUGGAACACAAUUCACAGUACUGCAACAGUGACUUUACACAUAACUCCUAUAACUCAUUUCAACUACAACCAACUGAUUUGAGUAAAAGACAAAAAAAUAUCGACGGUGACGAAGAAAUUAAACUAAGCAGCAAGAAAAAGAAACGUAAAAUUGACGUCGGCGGAGUCGGAAGUAUCCCGCAAAAUAACUCAUACGGUUCAGUUGACAAACCCUGUAUAUGUUCAUGUUGUUACGCCCAGUUACCGAACUUUAAAAGCUUUUUACAUCACAUGGAAACACACAUGAUAUCGGCUAAUAAUGCUUUGCUAGGUUUUUGUCCUAUUUGCGGAGAUCCUAAUGUGAAUACAAGCAAUUUUAGUAGCCAUAUUUUUGGCCAUGCUGUCAUACAAGUAUCUGGACUUUGUUGCUACACGUGUAAGAAGACCUUUGAACACAUGGAAAAGCUUCAAAAACAUUUAAUUGAUGUACAUGUUGUUAAUGUUUAUAAAUGCUCAAUUUGUAACGAAAUAUUUGACACCAAAUUGUCAAUGCAGCUACAUCUUACUAGUAAGCACAGUGAAGAAUGCAAAUACUACAAAUGCAACUUGUGUUCCAACCAAGUUUUUAAUGAUAAACUGUCAGCAGAACUGCAUAUUUCAAUGAAACAUCAGCAAUUUGCAGCAUGUAUUUCAAAUAAAUCAUUGAUACAAAGCCAAUAUCAACUGGAUUUGAACAGUAGGGUGGAUUAUGGAAUACAACUACAGUGUGCCUUUUGUGAAAAGUCAUUUAACGACAAGUAUUCGCAGUAUGUCCACAUUUUAAAUGAACAUAGUGAUGUGCCCAAAAAGGAGGAAAAAUAUUUGGUUGAGAAGUCGAAAAGUGCAGAAAAAUCAGAGUUGAAGAUGUUUUCCUGUGAUAUAUGCCAUAUAUCGGACUUGCCAUCUGAAGUGGACUUAAUUAACCAUAAGAAGAACCACACGAGUUCGCAGCAAAGCAAGUCCAAAAGUAGUCUAGUAAGUCUUCAAUGCGCCUACUGUAAUGAAUAUUGUAAAUCGAGAAGCGAUUUGGAGAACCACAUGAAAACCCACCAAGUCAGUUGUGGUAAAGGUAAACACAAGUGCAACAUAUGCGACGAAAUAUUCACGUCAUCCAUAACACUGGCCGAUCAUAAAUUAAACCAUUGUAAAAUCGUCGAAGGAAACACUUGCGUGCAAUGUAAGUCGAUUCUCUGUGAUGAACAGUCAUUCUACCACCACCAAUUGCAACAUAGCAACAAAAUUAUAAAGCAAAAUUCGCAGAUAUCGCUGCCAGCCAACUGCAUUGUAUGUUGUCAGACUCUGCAAACUGACAUUGAGAUUAAAUUGCACGCAAAAUUCCAUUUGAAACACCUUUUCCAAAACGAGUUUAUCUGUGGCGUUUGCAACAAGAUUUUCGAUAUUCAUGGGAAUAUUAAUAUAGUGAACAAAAAAAAUUGUGAUAACAAUAUAACAGUAUCCAUUUGCAAAGAAUGCAGUAACUUGAACAACAACGAGAUUAAAACAAAGUUUAUACCGGCGCAGCCACUUGUGAUUGGUGAUUUAAAAUGCAAAAUGGAACCACUACACCAACUAAAUGACGAGCAAAAUCAAGAAUGUUUUCUUUGCAAGCAAGAUUUUGUUUCGCCAUAUAAACUACAGACGCACCUCAUUGAACACAAUUUUUUCGGCAUGAACCAGUACAGUUGUUACGUCUGCUCGUCAGUGUUUACCGCAGCAGCAGGCCUGCAAAACCACAUAAUGGAACAUGGUUUAGACACAAAACCUUACGAAUGCAAUCAGUGUCAGUCGAAAUUUUUCUUCAGAACCGAGUUGGAUAACCACAGAUUUACUCAUGUGCGUCAGUCGCCUUCGUCGAGCAGAAACUCCUACACUCCAACCCAACAAAAUUACAGCAACGGCAAUAGCAAUGGCGAUUCAAAAACCGACUACAAAACAUGUCAAUAUUGUUCAAAUACCUUUAUCGACAACGCAUUUUAUUUGGAACACCUCACUCAAUGUCCAUUCAAAAUCAAAUGUCAAGACGACUUUGAAACUGCACUUAAUGUCAAAGUGGAAGUCAAAGAGGAGAUUAUUGACGAUAACAGCCAACUUCAACUUUAA